CAAAAAAAAGGUCUUUAUGUGCUGUGAUUAAUCAACUGGGGAAGUGGUGAUAUCAAUUAGUUCAUAUUUGUAUCUAUUCAUCUGUGGUCUCUUGCCCUAAGAAGUAGACCAUCUUGUCAUGUUUAGUAGUAGCUGUUCUCAAUGGCUCUAGUUUUCUGUUUUAGUAUCUUUGUUCGUGUGAGAUUUGCAAAGUGGGCUUUAUUUAGGCUACACAAAUAUGCAUAAACAUGUACAGCAAAUAUUUGAAAACGGCGAUGUUUAGAUUGAUUUGGUGACAGAGAUUUGUGCAUUUGGGAAGGUUUGCCCGGACGUGCCACGUCACACAGCGUGAAUCCAUCUAUUGGUCAAACACAAGCAUAUGCUGCUCCUUUUUCCUCCCUAUGGCAGUUUUACGCCCCAAACAGUAAAUAACAUUUUUGUCCAAUCAGCUUAACAAAGCUCAUACCUUCGAGAAACACUUUUAUGUUUGUCAUAUGCAUCUUUAAUCGGCUUUGCAAUCGUUUCUGGCAGUCGUUCCCUUUGUGUUGGUUUCUUUUGCAUCACUUUUCGAGACAAUGGAGUCUCUUCGCCAUCAGCGCUUACAGCCCGGUAUCGGAUACGGAGCGAGCGCGACCGGGACUCUGCGGUCCCUGCGGCCCGGUGUAACCGGCACUCUUUCCUCGGCUCAGGGUUCCCACGUCUCGGUGUCUGCCUCCCCGGGGCCGCCGCCACCACCGCCGCCCCUCCAGCUCCACAGCCUCGGGUCCGGUAUCAUGGGCAGCGGGUUCGGUUCGGUAGACAUGUCGGCGGGUCUGGGUCUGUCCAAUCCUAGCAACCCGGCGGUUCUGAGAGAGGCAGUGGACGCGGUGGUCCGGAGCUUUGCCAAACACACGCAAGGAUACGGCAGGGUGAAUGUCGUGGAGGCCUUGCAGGAGUUCUGGCAGAUGAAGCAAUCACGAGGUGCUGACCUGAGGAACGGGGCUCUUGUCGUCUAUGAGAUGGUCCCAUCCAAUAACCCCCCUUACAUCUGCUACGUCAGUCUCCCUGGGGGAAGUUGCUUCGGGAGUUUUCAGUUCUGCCCGACCAAAGCUGAAGCAAGACGGAGCGCGGCCAAAAUAGCCCUAAUGAAUUCUGUUUUCAACGAGCAUCCAUCUCGACGCAUCACAGAUGAGUUCAUAGAGAAGAGUGUGUGUGAGGCUCUAGCCUCCUUUAAUAUCAGAAGAAACGUCAAAGUGUCACCGCUUUCUCCUUGA